AUGAAACAACCAUUUGGAAGCAUGAGAGUGAUGCUGAAGCAGCAGAGCAGCCGGGAAGUGAACUGGUGGUGGUGGCUCAAAAUCGCAGUCUACGCUUUCAGCGUGCUGUUGGGACAAUCCGGCGCCAAUUUACUGGGGAGGCUCUACUUCCUCAAAGGCGGGACCAGCAAAUGGAUAUCAUCAGUCGUCCAAGUCGUCGGCUUCCCCAUCCUCCUCCCCUUCUACCUCCUCGCUACAACCGCCAAACACGACGACGACGACGACGGGAAACCGCGGCCGUCGCCGUACACUCUGGGCGCGAUCUACGCGUCCCUCGGCUUAAUUAUUGGGAUCAACUGCUUCUUCUACUCCGUCGGCCUCCAGUACCUCCCUGUCUCGACUUACACCUUGUUGUGUGCUUCGCAGCUAGCAUUCAACUCCUUCUUCUCCUACUUCAUCAACGGCCAGAAAUUCACCCCUUUCAUCGUCAACUCGCUCGUCUUGCUCACGAUUUCGUCCGUCCUGCUCGUAUUUAACAACGAGGAAUCUGCUUCCUCGUCGUCGGCUCCUCCCAUCCCGAGGGCCAAGUACGUCAUCGGAUUCUUCUCCACGUUGGGAGCGUCGGCUCUGUUCGGGCUCGUGCUGUCGGCCACGCAGUUCGUGUUCGUCAAGGUCAUCAGGCGGCAGACGUUCAGGCAUGUGAUGGACAUGGUGAUCUACGAGAACUUGGUCGCCAGCGUGGUCACCGUUGUGGGGCUUUUCGCUAGCGGGGAGUGGGAGGGACUGGGGAGGGAGAUGGACGGGUAUGGACCGGGGACGGUGUCGUAUUUGAUGACGUUGAUUUGGAUUGCUGUGUUCUGGCAGAUGUAUUCGAUUGGAGCUUUGGGGUUGAUCUUCGAGGUGUCUGCGUUGUUCUGUAAUUCGAUAAGCGUCGUGGGACUGCCGAUUGUUCCGAUCGCGGCGGUCUUCUUUUUCCAUGAUAAGAUGAGUGGGGUGAAAGGGAUUUCCAUGGCGCUGGCGGUUUGGGGGUUCGUUUCGUAUGUGUAUCAGUAUUAUGUGGAUGAUCGGAAUUCUAAGGGUGUUGGUAAGUCAGUUGAUGAUGAGACCACCUCUGUUCGAAGUUCCGAAUGCAAAAAAGAUAUCUCAUCAACGUUGUAA